AGAUCACAUUCCACACACGAUCAUUUUCUUUUUUCCUGAUUUUCCCCCAGAGAGAGAGAAGCCAAAACGACAGAUCAUCUUCAGUGCGUAAAGGGGGGGAUUCCUGACAUGGGCACUGACAGGACUGUCUCCGGUGGCUGUGGAGACGACGUUUGUGGUGGUCGUCGGGGUGGUGAAGGUGAAGUGGUGGUGGUGGGAGUGAAAUUUGAUGGACCAAGUAAAGAACUUUUGACAUGGUCACUAAUGAAAAUGGCACAGCCUGGUGACCAUGUCAUUGCUGUUCAUGUUCUUGAUUCUGCAACUGAAUGUAUGGCAGGGACUGGAUCACUUCUGUCAUUAGUGAAGACAUUUGAUUCAUUGUUGGCUGUCUAUGAAGGUUUCUGCAACUUAAAGCAGGUGGAUUUGAAGCUAAAGGUGUGUAGAGGUGAAUCAGUGAGGAAAAUUCUGGUAAGGGAAGCAAAAGCAAAUAGUGCUGCUAAGCUGAUUGUGGGAACUUCCAAGAAACAUCAGAAACUCUACUCUUCAACCUCAACAGCAAAGUAUUGUGCUAAAAAAUUGUCGAAAGGUUUCUCUGUCUACGCUGUUAGGAAUGGCAAACUUGUGUUCCAGAGAGAAGCAUCGGUUCCAAAUAUUGAUACCUUACAAGAUAAAUUAAACCAAGAAAGUCGAAAUUGCUCACAAAAAUCUCAGAAUAAGAAUUCUAUAAAUUGUACUCCACGCUUGCUAUUGCUGGAUGAAUCUGGAGCACAUGAAUUGGAGGAGUCAUGUAGGGAUGGCAACGGGGAUAACUCAUUGGCUUUGGUACCAAUUCAAACAAACAAGCCAUUAUCGAAUUCAGAUUCCGAUGUGAGUGAAGGAUUAGUGGAGUCAAAACAGGGAUGGUCAUUUCUCCGUCGGGUAUUUUUCCAUAAGCAGCAGCACACAGAGAAAGCUCAUAUUAAAAAGAUAUCUGUGGUUAAAUGGGUGUUUAGGUUACCUACUCGUAUUUCUUCAUCUGUGGUGUAUCCAGAUCAAAAACAGAAUACGUCGCACGUGGAUGAAGAUCAAAACUCGAACUCAGAUAGAAAGAAUUAUGCAAUAGUGCCAGUGGGGCCUGAGGUUGUUUGGACUCCCAUUUCACCAUGUCAUGGCUUGAAUGGCAUUCCAGAAGAGUUGAAAGACCUGCAUGAGAAAUAUUCAUCAUCCUGUAGAUUAUUCAGCUAUGAGGAACUUGUGAUGGCUACCUCUAACUUUAUUCCUGAGAAUAUGGUAGGCAAGGGUGGUAGUAGUCAUGUUUACAAAGGGUGCCUUCCUGAUGGCAAGGAAUUGGCAGUGAAAAUUUUAAAGCCAUCUGAGGAUGUAAUAAAAGAGUUCGUUGCAGAAAUCGAGAUCAUUACAACUUUGCAUCACAAGAACAUAAUUUCUCUAUUUGGUUUCUGUUUCGAGCACAACAAAUUACUCCUAGUUUAUGACUUUUUAUCAAGAGGAAGCCUAGAAGAGAAUCUGCAUGGUAAUAAGAAAGAUUGGAACGCGGUUGGUUGGCAAGAGAGAUACAAGGUGGCUGUGGGUGUAGCGGAGGCACUUGAUUACUUACACAAUUGCUGUGAUCAGCCUGUGAUCCAUAAGGAUGUAAAAUCUUCUAACAUACUUUUAUCAGAUGAUUUUGAGCCACAGUUGUCAGAUUUUGGAUUGGCUAGCUGGGCUUCUACUUCAGGCAAUGCAACUUGCACCGAUGUUGCAGGAACCUUUGGUUACCUGGCCCCAGAGUAUUUCAUGCAUGGCAAAGUAAGUGAUAAAGUGGAUGUAUUUGCUUUCGGAGUUGUGCUCCUUGAGCUUCUUUCUGGAAGAAUGCCUAUUAACAGUGAACAUCCGAAAGGCCAGGAGAGCCUUGUCAUGUGGGCAAAGCCAAUUCUUGAGGGUGGUAAAGUGUCCCAAUUGCUUGACCCGCAUCUAGGUAGUGAAUAUGAUGAUGAUCACAUCGAAAGAAUGGUAUUAGCUGCAACCCUUUGCAUCAGACGUUCUCCUAGAUGUAGGCCACAAAUGAGCCUCAUUUUGAAGCUCCUCCUAGGGGAUGGGGAAGUAAAAAAUUGGGCAAGGCACCAAGUUUGUGCAUCAGAAGAACUUGACUCCGUGGACGGGGAAGUGUUUCCUACCAAUAUUCAAUCCCAUCUUAACCUCGCAUUACUUGAUCUAGAGGAUGAUUCUCUUUCUAUUAGCAGCACCGAGCAAGGCGUGUCAGUAGAAGAUUACUUGCAAGGGAGAUGGAGCCGCACAUCAAGCUUCGACUAACCAUAGGCCAGUGGAAUGCAAUGUGCAAGUUGUGCAAUCUUUUCAAUGUACAGGGGGCUUGAUUGGUUCAUCUUUUCAAAAACUUUUCUGGGUUAAAUCCACUGGUAUGGUCUUGGAAGAGAGGUUUUCUGCAAGAGGCUUGCCUCCGCCUAGGCUUAAAAGUUGUAUUAAAAAAAAAGAGGUUUCAAGGACUGGUUUUGUUUCCGAUUUUUGGUCAUUUGUGAAUUUGCUUUAGAAAAUGAUUUGAGACAUGUAGCAAAACUCCCACCACCCGAAUAUUAGUGGUGAAUGGCUUUCCCCCUCAAUUACAUGCUGUACUCGAAGACGAGUAUCAGUGCUUGCUUUCUUGCAUCAGAUUGUGGUGAUGUUAACUUGAUAAACUAGACUUUAUUUUUAUACAUCAAAUUAUAAAUUUAGGAUCC